UCGACCUCGUUAUUGACCCAGAUCUCCACCACUCGCACCCGUUCCCACCGCGCAGCUCUGCCCUUCGUCGGCAGCCAAAAACCCUCGGGGUCGGGGGCGCAGCCAGGCGAGCGCGCGAGCCGCGAGGCGAUCGACGAGGAGAGCGAUGGCGGAGGCAGCGAGCCGCAGCCACCCGUCGCAGUACGUGAGGCUGAAGAAGCACGCUUCCCACUCCGGCUCCGGCGUCGAGGACAUCCGCCCCGGCGAGCUCAACCAGCCCAUCGCCGUCCCGCAGCUGGAGCGCAGGAAGUGCGGCGAGUGCGGGCAGGUGCUGCCGGAGAGCCACCGGGCGCCGGCCGACGAGCCGUGGACCACCGGCAUCUUCGGGUGCGCCGAGGACACCGAGAGCUGCUGGACUGGACUAUUCUGCCCCUGUGUGCUGUUUGGACGAAAUGUUCAGGCCCUUAGAGAAGAUAUCCCGUGGACAACACCUUGCACUUGCCAUGCUGUCUGUGUUGAAGGUGGCAUUGCACUGGCAAUCCUUACAGCUAUAUUCCAUGGCGUUGACCCAGGAGCGUCGGUCUUGAUUGGUGAAGGCCUGGUGUUUAGUUGGUGGUUAUGUUCUACAUAUACUGGUGUUUUUCGUCAACAGCUUCAGAAAAAGUAUCAUCUGGAGAAUGCUCCAUGCGAUCCUUGUCUGGUCCACUGCUGCUUUCACUGGUGCGCAAACUGUCAGGAGCAUCGGGAAAGGAAAGGUCGCCUCACAGACAACAAUGCCGUUCCAAUGACCAUUGUCAACCCACCGCCUGUGCAAGAGAUGAGCACGGUCGAGAACCAUGCUUCCACAUCUGGGAAUGAAGCACCAAAGGCUGAGCAUGAUGAUGUGGACGACAUACCUCUCUAGGAGAGAUAGCAGAUGAACUGAAACUGACCUGGAGAGUCCACUGGCAUUUUAGACACCAUAUGCUGCUAGAACACUUAGCUGUGUUCAUCUGUCAGGUACCGUAUGAAACAUUGGGCUGAUCCCGACUUUUAGUUUAUGAACAUUACUACCUGUGAUAUAGUGUUGCCCUUGGGUGUGUAGUUAGCAAAAUAUAUGUGCGGAUAUCUUUUACGUACCUGAGUGCUGCCCGAAAUGGAGGGUUUUUCUCUCUGCGCACUGCUGAUGUGUGCGCCACUGCUGGGGCUUCUUAUCUUCCUCUGUGUGCUUGUGGGGUACAUUGCUGAAACUGGAAGUUACAUUGCUUGGGGGAGGGCUGUGUUUCCUGAUGAGCGGGGCUGUUGUAUGCCGAAGAUAUUCACUUUGGCUCAUAGGAGCAUUUGCUUCCAUUGUGUGAAUAUACAUUUCGAAGUGUCAAAAAAUUCUGAAAUAAAGUUUUUCAUGUA